CGAUCCCCCGUGUAAGAGUGAGGUGGAGGAGGACAUUCCAGUCCAUGUGACCACAGAAAAUCCCUGUGAGAAGCCUGAAGGAAACAUCAUGUUAUCUCUAGAUUAUAAAGAAGAUGAAGAUACCAGGCAGCGCUCUUCAGGAGAAAACUUCAUUACCUGUAAUGUACAUCCAGGACUUCACAAUGCAGAUCCAUCAAAUAAUUCCCCCAAGAAUGAGGAACUUUCUAAUGACCAAUCACAGAUUAUCAACCGAAGUCCAAAUCUAUCAUAUAAUCAUCCGAAACAUGAGGAAUCUUCUCCUGACCAAUCACAGAUUAUUACUCCAAAUAUAAGGCAGAAACGGGGUAAAAGGUUUAAUUGUGAGGAACGUGGAAAACAGUUCAGAUAUAAGUCAGAGCUGUCUAUACACAGAAGUAACACAGGAGAGAAGCCAUAUUCUUGUUCAGAAUGUGAGAAAUGCUUUAAAUACAAAUCACGCCUUGAUCAACAUAAGAGAAUCCACACAGGAGAGAAGCCAUAUUCUUGUUCAGAAUGUGGUAAAUGUUUUACAGAUAAUUCAUAUCUGGUUGCACAUCAGAGAAUUCACACAGGGGAAAAGCCAUAUUCAUGUUCAGAAUGUGGGAAAUGUUUUAACCAGAAAUCAAGUCUUAAUAAACACAAAAGAAUUCACACAGGCGAAAAGCCAUAUUCUUGUUCAGAAUGUGAGAAAUGCUUUAGACACAAAUCACGCCUUGAUCAACAUAAGAGAAUCCACACAGGAGAGAAACCAUAUUCUUGUUCAGAAUGUGGUAAAUGUUUUACAGAUAAUUCAUAUCUGGUUGCACAUCAGAGAAUUCACACAGGGGAAAAGCCAUAUUCAUGUUCAGAAUGUGGGAAAUGUUUUAACAAGAAGUCAAGUCUUGAUCAACACAAAAGAAUUCACACAGGAGAGAAGCCAUAUUCUUGUUCAGAAUGUGAGAAAUGCUUUAAACACAAAUCACGCCUUGAUCAACAUAAGAGAAUCCACACAGGAGAGAAACCAUAUUCUUGUUCAGAAUGUGGUAAAUGUUUUACAGAUAAUUCAUAUCUGGUUGCACAUCAGAGAAUUCACACAGGGGAAAAGCCAUAUUCAUGUUCAGAAUGUGGGAAAUGUUUUAACAAGAAGUCAAGUCUUGAUCAACACAAAAUAAUUCACACAGGAGAGAAGCCAUAUUCUUGUUCAGAAUGUGAGAAAUGCUUUAAACACAAAUCACGCCUUGAUCAACAUAAGAGAAUCCACACAGGAGAGAAGCCAUAUUCUUGUUCAGAAUGUGGUAAAUGUUUUACACAUAAUUCAUAUCUGGUUGCACAUCAGAGAAUUCACACAGGGGAAAAGCCAUAUUCAUGUUCAGAAUGUGGGAAAUGUUUUAACCAGAAAUCAAGUCUUGAUAAACACAAAAAAAUUCACACAGGCGAAAAGCCUUAUUCAUGUUCAGAAUGUGGAAAAUGUUUCAUAGAAAAAAAAAUACUUACUAUACAUCAACGAAUUCACACAGGAGAAAAACCAUUUUCAUGUUCAGAAUGUGAGAAAUGUUUCACAGAAAAAAAAAGACUUACUAUACAUCAACGAAUUCACACAGGAGAAAAACCAUUUUCAUGUUCAGAAUGUGGGAAAUGCUUUAUCCGGAAAUCAACCCUUGAUCAUCAUAAUAGAAUCCACAAAGGAGAGAAGCCGUAUUUAUGUUCAGAAUGUGGGAAAUGUUUUGGACAUAAAUCAGAAGUUUUAAAACAUGAGAGAAUUCACACAGGAGUGAAGCCGUAUUCAUGUUUGGAGUGUAGGAAAUGUUUUAUUACGAAAUCGCAUCUUGAUCAGCAUAAAAUAAUUCACUCAGGAGAGAAGCCAUAUUCAUGUUCAGAAUGUGCGAAAUGCUUCAACCACAAAUCAAGCCUUGAUCUACAUAAAAGAAUUCACACAGGAGAGAAGCCAUAUUCAUGUUCAGAAUGUGAGAAAUGUUUCAUAGAAAAAAGUUGUCUUACUACACAUCGGAGAAUUCACACAGGAGAGAGACCAUUUUUAUGUUCAGAAUGUGGGAAAUGCUUUGUUAGGAAAUCAAAUCUUCAUCAGCAUAAGAGAAUUCACACAGGAGAGAAGCCAUAUUCAUGUUCAGAGUGUGGUAAAUGUUUUACAGAUAAAUCAUAUCUGGUUGCACAUCAGAGAAUUCACACAGGAGAGAAGCCAUAUUCAUGUUCAGAAUGUGGGAAAAGUUUCAAGCAAAAAAGAAGUCUUACUACACAUCAGCGAAGUCACACAGGAGAGAAACCAUUUUUAUGUUCAGAAUGUGGGAAAUGCUUUGUUAGGAAAUCAAGUCUUCAUCAGCAUAAGAGAAUUCACACAGGAGAGAAGCCAUAUUCAUGUUCAGAGUGUGGUAAAUGUUUUACAGAUAAAUCAUAUCUGGUUGCACAUCAGAGAAUUCACACAGGAGAGAAGCCAUAUUCAUGUUCAGAAUGUGGGAAAAGUUUCAAGGAAAAAAGAAGUCUUACUACACAUCAGCGAAGUCACACAGGAGAGAAACCAUUUUCAUGUUCAGAAUGCGGGAACAGCUUUACCAAGAAAUUAAGUCUUGAUCUACAUAAGAGAAUCCACACAGGGGAGAAGACAUGUUGAUGUUUUGUGUAAGAAUUCAAACUUGCAGACUUGUGUGUUCAUUUUACCUCAUUGU